ACAUAUAACACUGAUUAGUAAUCCUGGUAUUUUGCGUUUCUGGUUUAAACUUAAAUCAAAUGUAAAUUAUGUCGUUGUUACAAAAUCAUCGCAAUCAUCCUUUGUCAUACAGCAAAUCGACUAAUAGUGUAUACAAUAGUUCAAGAAAUAGCUCAUUUCAAGAAUAUUUAUGUAGUGUUCCAUCGCAAACAGUGCCCUAUGGCCUCAGCAAAAGCAAUAGUGAAAUUAUAUGCAAUCGUGGUUUUAAACCAACUGACCUUAAAGAUGCAUCAAAACGAGAUUUUUUGACAGAUUUAGGACGCAGGAUCUGGAAUAAAAAUGAUCCAUAUAUUCCAAAACAGAAACCAGUUGAUCUAAAGAAAAUUUUUACACCCGCGACGGACGGCGAGGUAAUUAAACCCAGCAGUAAUAAAACCAUGUACGCUUCCUCUUCAUUUUACUCUAAGGAACUGCACCCGACUAUGGAACAGCAAAUCAAGUUGGCGCAUAAAAUUAGUAGCUCUUUGAGUGACAUGGAGAACGCAAAAAGCAAAGGACAGUCUAUGUAUUUGAAUCGCAAAACACGCAGCGUUAAGUGGGUGCAUGAACAAGACGGUCACCAAUCUUCUUGUACUACAUUGGAAACAGCCAGUGAUAUAAGCAAUAAGCCUCCACCGCCAUUAAAGCUGCUAAUGAAUCCGUAUGGUAAAGUUUUAGACAUAAAUACUGUGUAUAAAGAAACUGGAACCGAACCGCUCAGUCCGGAUUUAACCUUCAAUAUCGUCAAUGCUCUGAACGCGAGCAAAGGCAGAGGUGCUGAAUUGUUCGCUAAGCGCCGCAAGAAAUCUGAGAAGUGGAUCGUAGAUGAAACAAGAACUACUGAAAAAAUAAUCAACAAAGAAAAUUCUGUUCAGCAGUAUUGGAAACCAUCACAAAGUCCGUUAUGCCAGACUAAUCGAUUGGGUUCUUGGGAAAAACCAAAACUGCAAAGUAAUAACAAAGAGUGCCUUUAUACUUCUCCGAUUCAAUACUACCAAUCGUGCGUACAGGUUCCGAUAUCAAACACAGAACAUGCGGCGGAAACGGUUGCACCUGCGCCACAUUCUAUAGCAUCAUGUGAUUUAACCACAAAACUUACGUCAAUGCCAAGUGGGCCUAAGUUCUCAUUGUCGCAGUGCACUAAUUAUAAUACGGCUCCUCGUGGAUGGGGUCAGAUUAAAGAUUAUUACAGACCAGUCACUUUUGAUAAUAAAAACACCACCUACAUAAGAUUCUAAUUAAAAUUCUAAAAACUUUAUAAUGGUUACC